CCAUUUCAGAAGGUGGCAGUAAUGCAGCAAACUUUGUCUUUCGUGUGCUUUGGCAUGAUGAGGGACAGAGCCGAUGGCAAGAUGGCGGCCGCCUUGCUCCAAAUGACUUGCACAUACAGAGGAAUGUUAGCGGUCAGGGCGACAGGUAUCAGGCCGCUGAUACCUGGCCUCGUCCCGCCUCACUUUCGGGCCUUCUCGGUGCGAAAAGAACCGGAGUUGGAGGACAAUCCUAACUACAACAAAUACCAGGAAAAGAUUCAGAAAAUACGCAGUAGCAGGCCUGAGGAGUUCAAGGCCCGGCUGGAGAAGCGCCACGAGUCCAAGAAAGAAGUGCUCGGGUACUCCAAGCAAGCAGAGUUUGUCAGAGUCACAGAGCAGCAGUUGGAAAAGUACGACAAGAUGGCAACUGGCCUUGGAAGCGCAGGAGCAUUCACCAAAAACAAGUCGCUGGGCUCUGUCCUCAACCUGGGGCUGAUACGGGACAAGACAGGUGACGAGAUUGCAGAGCUUUGGAUGAAAUAUUACGCCGACAAGGACACGAUCAGCGCAGUCAUCCCGAGUCCGACGUACGAGUUCAUCAGCGCUCGGGCGCAGGCGUGUCCCACGUUCUUGUUUGCGUUGCCUCAGAAGGAGGGCUACGAGUUCUUUGUGGGUCAUUGGUCCGCCCACCAGGUCCACUUCACCUCCCUCAUCAACAUCCAGCAGACUCACGGAGAGAGCGCUCCCAGCCAGAUGAUCCUCCACCACUUCCAGGACUUGAAGGAGGACAAGGGCAUCGUGCUGGUGACGGCGGAGCUGGACCCUAAGUUCAUCACUGUGGUGCAGGCUCAAUGUUUGGCCAAUCAGGUGCAGCUCUUCUACGCUAGCAAGACGCAAGAGACGUUCGGCUUGGUGGAGACGUUUAACCGCAGCCCGGCUGACUUCAACCACAUGUUGGUGAUUGCCGAACUCGAACGGAGCGCCGUGGGCCCUGCCAUCUAGAGUCAAGCGCGACGCGGCCGGAUGCUGGCCCAUGUUCUGUUGACUUGUAUUGUGCGCUGAGCAAGAUGGCAAGAUGAGCAAUUUUCCAGACUACGACAACAGCCUGUGUAGUU